UACCUUUGCAAUGUAGUGAGAGAAGGGAAGGAGAAGACGUGCUACCAGAUCUGGUACGACGACUGGGACAGCGGGAAUACCAUUCCGCGGCACCUGCUCCAGCAGCACAAGAAUCGUAACCGCCCGCCGCCAUCCCGUCUAGGAAAGAAGCGCUGA